UUAUGUUUGAACAAGGUUGAGAAUACCACCGGACUCCUGAGUUCUUCUCCAGUAUUCUUUGAUCGACAAAUACAUCCCUGUAUAUUCAAUGUACAGAGUGACAUUCUGCUAUUUACCCCCGUCGUCUGGACGAACCUGAUGACUCGCCAAGCGGUGUCAACCUCCGUCAAAUCCGAAUUGGGCUUGCGCAUGUGGAAGAAGAGGACCGUGCCGUUUCACANNGACAAGCCACGAUACAAGAACAGAACUGGAAGGNUUAGUGAGCAGUACCAAACUCCCGGACCUGACGAGNGUAGAUUGGCGAUCACCUUUCCCCGGUCUCCCUCGAGCCGACGUUGCGUGAGACCAGCCGUGAUCUUCUUGGACCAGCUACGAGUAACUUUCAAGGGAUCGUUCAGUCCCUGCCUGUCAGUCGAGGUCGAUUGUGCGGACCGAGUCGAUCCAGACGAAGCCCAAGCGGAUGAUCCGUCUGCCAUGCUUGUUAGCGUUUCAAGUUGCUUGCUGAAGCCUAGAUGUGUCAUGUUUUGGUGCAUCGUUACAUGCCUUUUCGUUGUUACCUUUGCACGCAGGCACGCGAUAUAUGCAUGGAAGUCGGGCUCAGUUUCGUUUUAUAUACACAACCCCAAANCGAUCCAAGCGCUUGCGUGGAACGCCUUAGGAAAGACGCCGCUGCGAGUUGCAACAUUGUCCGGGCUUCCAAAGGAUCAAAGGGACCGACAAGAAGACGCUAAACACCCUGCAGCUGAUACAAAGCAGCAUGCGGCUGCUUUAGUGGUGGACAUUUCGGUUGUUGAGUUUGAGCUGGACCCACGGGUCUUGUUGGUCGAGGAUAAACUGCAAUUCCUCAACUUGUACAAUAAUGCUUGGUAUGUACUGGAGGAGUCUCAGCAUUCUACUCUAGGGUUAACUAGA